AUCAGUGACAGCAUUGCUGCAACACACGUUUCCCUGGAUAUUCAUGGCAGGCAACAUAGCGCCAUCCUGCAGUAUGUUGCAGGUAAGAAAACAAUUCUCAGGUAAUUCACAAGAGUGUGUGAAUUGCAAAGAAUUCACGCAGGGCUGUUCCCAAGAAUUCUGAAUUGAAGCGAGCAGAAAUCUUAAUGGCAACAUUGAUCAUACAAUGCCUUUAUCUGGAAAAACUCUAAAACUCAAUUACAGUCACAGCCAGGUAAUUUCAGCUUACAUUUUGCCACCUGGACUUCAGAGUUCGAUGAAUUUACCAUUUUGGACCAGGACGGCCAGUAUGGAGACAUUAAGUCACUUUUGUUUUCAAUUGGGCUGUUUUGUCUCACAUUUAGGGAAUAGCUUUGAUUAUUUAAAGAGGAACCAAUGUAGUGUGAGAAAGCAGCCCAGGAGAAUAAAACACAGUUAAUCAGAAUGAUUAUUAUUUUAAUUAAUCAGAGUUUAUUCACAUUGUUAAGGCAGACAGUACUACAAACAAUGAUGAUGAUAAUGAUGAUGAGUUGACCUUUACAUUAUAUAAUGACACUGACAGCUAGUCCAGCACACCCCAGAGUGCUCACACAGCUCCUGGUGCCUUAGCAUGAUGGGAGUUGGAGUCCUCUCACUGUAUCCUGUGCUGCCUGUCCUCACAGAGCAGAUUGCAUGCUGUGUGCUCUAUAUCCAGGCACAGCAUGGCAUGGACUGUGCCCUUACCCCAGGCCAGGGGUCCUCAAACUCCGCCCCCCCAGAUGUUGCUGAACUACAACUCCCAUGAUUCUCUGGCUAUCUAUGUAAUUCAAAGAAUCAUGGGAGUUGUAGUUCAGCAACAUCUGGGGGGCCGGAGUUUGAGGACCCCUGCCGCAGGCCAUAUUUACACACUAACACCGAUAAUAUAUCAUUGUUAUCAGGCCAUGAGCUAUUAAUAAAAUGAGAAGAAACGCCCUCUGGUUGCUCACCAAACGGCCUAAUGACCGGUUCCAGCUCCUUACUGCUCUCACCGCCGCCAUCUUCUCCGGGGCAAUCCGGAGAACCAAUCACAUCGAGAAGCUGACGGAGAUAGCCAAUCGGGACAUGAGGGCGGAGUCAAGAUGUCAAUGCCAAGGAGAAGGGGGAGUAGUGAAGGCGUGCGGGCGUGUUGACCAAUCAGAGCUCAGAUCAGUCAGCGUCUGCCUGGGGCAUUAGGGGGCGUGGUUUAUGGAGCUGUCAGUGUUUGUUCUAUAAACAUUACCCCACAUACAGAUAGUUUAGACUAGGUCCUCCAUAACAGACACUGGUCAUACAGGUUUAAUUAGGAAGUUUAAUUAAAUGUAACAGGCCUAGUUUAUGACUUGGUGAAUAGGAAUUGCCAUUUCAGAGAAGUACAUUUUUUAUUUUAUAUUCUUAAUUCUUUAUUUUUGGACAGCCAAAAUACCAAACACAUGUUUACAGGAAAGACACCCAAGUACCAGAUUCUUUGGUAUACAAAAGCAGGCAAAAGCAUAAACAGUUUUACAGUUUUGGUAAUGGCAACGUUCUCCGAGAAAACCCGAUAACAGUUAUACCUGUAGCAUAGUGUACUACAAAAAGUAGCUCUUAGUGGGUACUGUAUAACUGCUUUUUCUUUUUAGUAAAAGAUCACAAUAAAAGUUUUAACAGCAUCAGUUGCUCCAACGUGUUCGCUUCAAUUGUAAAUAGUACAACUACCACGUUCCAGGCUGGUUCCAGGUGCCAGUGGUCUGCAACUAGACUGCCAACCGCCCCCUCAUAAUAAUUAUCCUUCUAGUCCCCCAAGUCGACUAGAUAAGUAAUAAUUUAAGAGUUCCUCAAAUUCACUCAUAGAAUCCUGGAAUACAAAAUACAUAUAUGUAUUUCUUUUUGAUCAGGCCGAGGAAGGAUAAUUAAAGGGACACUAUAGUCACCAGAACGACUACAGUUUAAUGUAGUUGUUCUGGUGAGUAUAGUAUGUCCCUGCAGGCAUUUUAAUGUAAACACUGCUAGGGGUACCUCCAGUGGCAGUCACUAAGACGGCCACCAGAAGUGCUUCCUGGAUCAGUGCUGCACAACCUGCAGUACUGAUGUUCAGCAUCUCCACACUCUGCACGCUGAACGUUCCUAAAAGAGAUGCAUUGAGUCAACGCAUCUCUAUGAGGAGAUGCUGAUUGUGACAGAGCAGGGUUUUGUUCCGCAUGCGCAAUAGCCUCCCAACGCUUUCCUAUGCAGUUGGAGUUAGCGGCGCGCAGGAUAUUAGCAGCUUGCAGGAUACUUACAGCGGUCUCAGCAUGGUCUCUGCAGAGCAGGGUAGCGCAAGGGCAGCAUCCAGGAACCCUGUGCCUGGAAGAGGUGCCAUGCAGUUUGAAAUAUGAUACAGCUUUCAGUGCCUCUAGCCCUCAUCUGAGGAUGUAAGAGAAGGCUGCUUGCUGUGUGUAUUUGUUUAUGUAUGUAUUAAGCAGUGUGUGUGUCUCUGUCUUUAUUGAGCAGUGUGUGUCUAGAUAAGCAUUGUGUUUGUCUGUCUCUACUAAUGUCAUUCUGGCCCUGGCAUCACUAAAUAGUGCACGAGAGAGCAGAACAAGAAGGGUUUGAAGAUGACAGCAGCCCCACUGGACCCCAGAGACAGGAUCCCCACUUGACCUCAGGAAAAGGUGAUCCACUCCAGCUCUCCCAAAGACAGGGAGACUCGGUGGACUUAAAUUAAAUUAAAACAAAUAACUUGCGUGUGAGAGAAUGUGUGUGUGUGUCUGUCAGUGAGUGUAUGUUUAGCUUUCCGGCCCCCUCCUAUUGCAUGGCAAUGGUGUUUUUACUCACCUAUUUUCCCAGCGACCAGUCCCACCUCCAUGGCUGAAAUAAUCAAGCUUGAGGAUCUCAUUGAAUCAAUGAAUCUCUACGAGGACCGUUCAAUGUCUUCAUGCAGAGCAGUGGCCCUCUGAUUGACUGCCACUGGAGAUAUCCCUAGGCAGUUACGUAAACACUGCCUUUACUCUAAAAAUGCUGUGUUUACAUUAAAAACCCUGCAGGGACAGGCUUUAGACACCAGAACAACUACAUUAAGCUCUAGUUCUAGUAACUACAGUAUAGUGUCCCUUUAAUUAUCAUGAUAUAACAAAAUGGGUGUGGGUGUGGCUUGGGGGGGGGAGCAUUUCAUCCUUGGUCCCAGGCAGCACAAUGUUAGGCUAGUCGCCCCUUUAAUCCUAUAAAGAGGCAUGUAGACCUUGUUGCUGCAAAGGCUCAAGGAGACUACACUAACAAGAUACAGCAAUUAGCAUAUAAUAUGCAAUCUCCAUAUCAAAUAUAAUUUAUACAGCGGGAUCAGGUGAUGGGUACUCUGGUUUUACAUUUAUUUAACCUAUCACCUGCAAAUUCACUGGACUCUGUGAUACAGGAGUUUAAAGCGACACUCUAACACCAUAACUACCACAGUUUGCUGUAAUAGUCAUUGUGCCAAUAAUCCCUUGCUCCUAUCCCCCGGUAAGAAGUGAAACUGUGUGUGAACAGUUUGAUACUGACGUGCCACUUUGAGCAAUGUAGCUAAUGGAGAUGUUCUUAUUCCACUUUCACAUCACUUUUUGACAAAUAUUUGGUUUGUUCACUGGCUGAGAGUCAACUGACACAAGUGUUAAUAAUGCUUAGUGUGAUCCAUUAUAUUUUCUAUGGUGUUUGGUCUAUUCAUUUUUAUAUAUAGUGCACAUCAAAUCAAAUAGUGCAAUUCUACAAAUUAAUCCAUAAAUUUGCUUUAGUGAAAUGCAAUUUUGACUGAAUUUUGCAUUUUUGGGGUGAUUUCGUUUAGUGAAUUCACUAAACCUUGAAUUGAAAUAUGGCAAAAUUUGAGGCUAAAGUAGCAGAGCUGUGACUAUAUCUCUGUUGGAUACUUUAUCAGAAUCUGCUGUGAUUCAGAGUUUUUGUUAUUUUACUUUUUAUUGUCUAAAAAAUUGCAAUUUCUAUGUCAAUUUUCCAUUUAGUUAAUAAACCCUAUAAAUAUAAAAUAAUAAUAAAAAAUAUAUUUGAAACAAAAAGGUAACUGAAACACUUUACUUUCCACUACACUAUAAUAAACUUUCUUUGGUAGGGGUGGGGAAUGCUAAGCCGUCACCUGGAGUUCACAUCUAAACACAAUUACUAUUAUUAUUUCUAAAACGCCAGCAAAUUCUGUAGCGCUGUACAAUAGGUGGACUAGCAGACAUGUAUUUGUAACAAGAUGGGUUAGAAGCACAAGAACAGAGGGUGUUGAGAGUCAUUCUCAAACGAUCUUGCAAUGUUAAUAUAAACCAACCUAGAUGGUUCUCUCCAGCACUGGUAGUGUUAAAUCACAGACAGGAAGAGGCGGGCCGUGUAUAUAUGGAACCGGCAGAGAAUUCACAUACAGGUUGUACAGUACUCUGGGUUACUUAAUGGUAAUACUGCUGUAUGAUGCACUGCAGACAGUAACAAGGUAUCUACACACAGACACAUAGCAGGGGGUUUGUGCUAAUGGGGUCUUGAAAAAAAGCUUAGUAUAGGGAGCAUGCGCUGACUUAACUUUUAUACACUGUAACAUGUAACGUGUACUUUCAAUAUAUCCCUUUACGUGUGUGCAUAUAAAUAUACACACACUCAAAUGUAUACAUUUACUGUAGUGGACUGCAUUUUAUAAUCACUCCCAAGAAAACCUGAUCACUGUAAUAUAUUGUACAUACAGAUACAUGUCUGCUCGGAAUUCAUGGCCCUGUCAUAUGUGGGAGGCUGGGAGCCCAUUAAAUGCAGUAGUCCUGUUCUUUCGAAAACAUAUAUGGCACCUUUUUUUUUUUUUUGCUGAUAUUUUUUUUUUUUUUUUUUUACAUUGAUCACAUGCUUGGUGUUUACAGGCCACAGUUAAUGUUACUAGCUGACUGAAAUAGGCAAAUAAAAAAGUCAAUUUCAGGAUAAACCUAAGAUUUGGGGGUAAUGAGGUUUUCUAGUCUGUGUCGUAACAGGUGGUACCUUUGUAUUUGCUAAUGCUACAAUUUAGACUUUUUCUUACAUAGUUGCUUUUGUUGUUGUUAACCUGACAUUCGGAUUAAAUGUGCCCUAGAGGAAUUGGUGCUAACAUUGAUUAAAUGCAAUCCAAUUUGCUUUUCUUUAAUAGCUGCUGCGUACAAGCUUCCCCCAUCACUGUGCUGUCCAUUAUUCACUUGGAAUCAAGUUGUGGAAUAGCCGGAGUUGCCACAUUGGAGUCGGUAAGAAGUUUAGUUAUUGUCUAAACACACUCUUUAAUUCCUUUAUGACAAGAGGUUAGCCAAGUCCCAUCACAUCAAGGUAACCUUUAAAGAGACACUCCAGGCCAGGGGUCCUCAAACUCCGGCCCCCCAGAUGUUGCUGAACUACAACUCCCAUGAUUCUUUGGCUAUCUAUGUAAUUCAAAGAAUCAUGGGAGUUGUAGUUCAGCAACAUCUGGGGGGCCGGAGUUUGAGGACCCCUGCUCUAGGCACUCACACACGCUGAAUUAAAUGUGCAGAUUAGGUUAAAGUUAGUUAUACUAGAUUUUUUUUUCUUUUCUUUUAAUUAAAAUAACCAGUAAAGCACUGUGUAGUAGUUAUAGUUCCAGAAGUUCCCUGGUGCUAUCCCAGCACUGCUCUUUAAUUGAAACUGCCAUGGGCACUAAAUAUAUAUUUGUUAGCAAUUUUAUUUACUUUUAAAAGGAAUGUGUAUUUGUGUUGAGAGGUACAGUUAAAUAUUUUUGUUUUGUUUGUUUUUAGCAUGUGGCAUCAAAUUGUUAUGCAGAAAAUUCCUUAAUGAAAUGUUCAAGAUGUUGUUUAUCCCUGUAAGACAAACUGUUACAUACUGUAGGCACUAUAAACAUUCUAAAAAACAGAAAUGUGAAAAGUGUGUAAAUACUGAAAUGACCUGAAUAGUGUGUGUGUUUUUCAGCAUUUGCUCAAUAAAACUUUAAAAAAAAAAAACUAUCACAUGGUGUAAACUGUUUUAAACAAUAAUUGUGAACCGUGUCUUUUCAUUUUUCACUCAUAUCCUGUGCCACUCAAGUUGAAGAGGCUUGUGGUGUUUUAUAGGGUUCCCCUUUACCCCUAUGAUGGUAAUUGUGGGAACCUCCGCAUAAAACAGAGAAUAUUAUAAUGGUGCAGUAUAUCAGGACUGCUAUAAUAGCAAUGGGUCAAAUAGACACGUGCACUAGAGUCUUCCAGACUUGACUUCCAGGGUUUAAAUGCCUCAAGCGGCUGUCACUCUGACAGUCACUAGAGGAGUUUCUGCAGAAAUAUAGCCGAGUAAAAGAUGGCUAGAUCUAUCAGAUAAUCUCAUAGACACCAUCUGUUUGGCCAUGGGUGGUAUGCCGCGCAUGCGCUCUAGCCUCCUGAUGCUUUCCUAUUCAUUGAAGAUGGAACUUUCCUGCUGAGACUGGCGUGGUGAGGGCUGAAAUGUAAAUAAUACUCACACUUUCAACCCUCACAUGUAAGGGGGCACAUCGAUACUGUAAACUAGACGCUAUAGCACCAGGAAUACAUGUUUUCACUCCUAAUGCUGUAGUGCUCCUUUAAACCACUAAAAGCAAUUUAACACAGAAGGAUGGCACCAGUGGAGACCUGACCAUAUAACCACUUCAAUGAGUUGAUGCCAUUACAGUACCUAGCGUGUCCCCACAUUUUUAGAUAGGGUUACUGUACAAAAGGAUUUGUGAAUUGCACAUUCUGUGUUUUUUGUUUUGUUUUUUAUUAUUCUUUUCAGUAUAAAUUCUGCUGUUUCAUAGCAGUGUCUGCAAAUAUUUUGUAUAUUAUUACGCCAUACAGUUUACAAGGCAACAUCUGCAAAACGUCAACUAAACAAGAUGGCAGAGGAAAGCGCCAUCAUGGAAGUAGAUGGUGGAAUCAUGGAGGGGGUGAGUGACGUCUUAAUCUGGAGACACUAUGCUGUACAGCCGUGUGUGCAUGUGUAAUGUGGUUGGUAAUUCUGCUGUGUUUUGAUUCUGACUGUUGAAUAUUGGAAGAUCAUUUCUUGUUCUUUUCAUUUAUUUAUUUAUUUUUGAGAAUAUAGAAAAUUUUUUCUUAUACCAGGCCUCCAAUGGCUGUUAGAUUGCUCAUGAAGAACCUUUAAAAAUUACAUUUCCAUCAAAAGUUUACAUUUGACUCAUUUUAGCUAUACAAGUAAAAUGCACAUUUUGUUACAUGUGCCGGUUCCACCAUUCCCAUUAUUAAAGUAACUUCUUUAAAAUGAUUUGAACCCAUUCACAACCAAACACAAAUGUUAAAAAUGUGCAUGUAUACCUCCUGUUUGUUCUGUGAAUACAUCACACUUGCAUUUUUUCUCUUGCAAACUAAUAUCAUUUGUACAAUAUAGCCUUUGUCCAGGUGGGCAGGCCACUUUGUUAAUAUGGGAAAACAUUUGGUGUCAUCACGCCUAGCUAAAUGCUCAUGCUUCUCAUAUUAUCUCCGCACUCUACUAUUUACUGCAGGGUGGUCAGAUUCUCAGAAUUUCCACUGCUCUCAGCUGUCUACUAGGGAUACAGACACGCGUCGUAAGAAUCCGAGCUGGCCGCAGCACUCCAGGACUCAGGUGAGUACCCUGUAGACCUGAUAUAAUCCAUGGCUAGCUCAUUAGUUGCAGUUUAAAUAAAAAUCCUAUGUAACUGUCUGUGCAAUUAUCCAAAAAAAGAACGGCUGUGUAUUUGUCUGGCUACACAAUGCAGGAGUUCAAUUAUUCAUAUUGAGGGAACAUUUCAAGCACCAUUACCACUUUAUAUCGCUCUCAUUGUAUGUAGUCAAACCGUUUUAGAACAGAUUGACUUCUGUGCACUGCAGCCCACUUGCAUCAUCUCAGCCAUAGAACUCGAAGAUCCUAAGCGCAAAUUUAAGUUAGCUCUCCUGAACUAAGCCCUGCAAUGAACUUAGCUCAUUGGUUGAGAGUAUUAACUGAUCACACUCUGCCAAUGAGCCAACCUGUAUGACUUAUUGGAAUGUUUUCCCCUCAUUAUCUGUACUCUCAAGACUAGGCUAGGAAUCAUCAUUCAGUAUCAAACCAAUGGAAAACUGUUUAAAACUGAACAAUGGGAUGGCACCGGGGACUCCAUGCACCACAACCACUUAAAUGAAAUGCCAAUAGUGACCCUUAUGAUGCCAAGAGUAUCCCUUUACUUUUUGCCUGUUUUCAGUGAAAUCAUACACUCUCUAUACAGAAGAUGUGUGGAAUGUAAUUUAUACAUUACUUUUAUUAGGACUGCAACUUACAAUCGACCAAUUGAUGACCCUAGAUAAUAGGGUCAUCAGCAGGUGUCCUGAGGUGACACUAAAUUUCAGAUGAUGCUUAGCAAUUACUCAGAAAAGGAAAAGUAAGUGGCUAGCUGAUAAUCGUGGGAGCUGUGGUUCUGGAUAGCUAUGUGUUAGCGUAACAUUCAUCAGUACAAUGUUUGAUUAUUUGACAUUUUCAGCUCUUGUUUGUCUUAAUAUUUCAAUUCUUUUGGUAGGGUUCUGCAUUCACAAAUAAUACUUCUGUGUAACACCCUUCUACAGCGCUUAACAUUUGAAGUUCUGUGCUAUUAGCCAGACCAUAACAGUUAAUUGCCACUGUAUGCCAAAGCAUAUACUCCUGGGGUGAAUUUCUACUUGCCAGGGCUACAUUUUCACUCCCUAAUGGCCAAUGGCUAUUCACAAUGUUGAUCCCUGCUCCACUUGAUAUAUUGCACCUAUUUUUCUUUUGUUAAUAAUGUGAUUUGCUAUAACUUUCUGAAGGCCUCAACACCUCUCCGGAUUGGUGACUGUUCGAGACCUUUGUGCAGGACAAUUGGAGAAUGCAGAGAUUGGAUCCACAGAAGUCACUUUCACUCCUGGGAAAAUAAAAGGAGGCGCACUGACUGCUGACACCAAGACAGCUGGGUAAGUGAACACACGUAGAUGGAAAGCUCCAUGGUAAUAGUCUGCUCUAAGCAAUAUUACGCACUGCAAUCCGAAUCAUUCAGAUUUGGUUAACAUGGGGGCAGGGCCUGACCGCUGAGCCGAGAGGACGCAGAACAGCACUGCUCCUGCUUUACCAGGUAAUAAUCGCCACAUGCCAGCCACAAACAGCUCCCUAACGACCCACAAGGGUCACCAAUCGAGAGGUGAACUCACGGGGCACACACUGAUACCAAGUAUGCUGCCACCCCUGCAGAAACCACCGGUGCGAUGCUUGCAGCCUACAAACCUGGUCGGCGCUGGGGAGACGGCUGCUUCCCGGCUGCACCCAAAAGCAAACAGCUGGCAACUGGGCCAUUUUUCCUCCCCACACCUUACUAAUCUCCUGACUUAAUCAGCAUUACAUUUACAUUUUAAAAAAGUGCAGUUUAAUCCUAUGUCACAAUAUUGUCAUCUUUAAAUGGUCUGUAACCGCUAUUGUGGCACUGCAGACAUGUUUGUACCUACUCUUGCACAACAAAAAUAAAAAAAUUUGGUUAACAUUACUAAAUAUCAAUCAAAAUUGCAAGUCUCAUAUGUAAAAAAGGCCAAUCUGGUUAUAUAAUAUGGCACUAUUUAGUGUCUGCUUUAUAAUCCAUCAUUCUCACAUGCGAAUUCCAUAUAAAAUGUUGGGUAGUAUUUAUCAAACAAACUGCAUUUCAACUAGAUUCAUUCCGAAUAAUCAAGUAGAAGGCAAAUUCACAAAAUAUAUUCACCCACUUAUUACAGGUGCGCUGACAACAGACGUAAAAUAUGCAUAGAAGUGACAUUAGGCAGGCCGGAGUUAUGGGCUGCCAAUGUCUACUGUGCUAUGGAUGCAAUAAGCUCCCAGCACACAAUUAACAAUAACUCUGUAUAUGCAGUGUUUCAAGCUAAAACACUGCACAUACAUACCCCUACCACCAUGACCACUUCAAAUCACCAAAGUGGUCCUAGUGGUUAGAGUAACCCUUUAAGUAAGUUCCUUUUGCUAUGCUGCUACAAUCAAGCUAGGUGGUCCAUACUAACCACCCCUUAUCUAUUUUGUAUACUGCACUUUUUGUCACACAUUCACGGUAAUUUACUUUUAUUUUUUUUUUUUUUUUUUUUUAAUUCUUUAUUUUUGCAGUGCAUAUCAGUUUAACAUCCCCGCAUGAGGUAUCCCAACGACAUUCCUCAAGCGUAUUUGAAACAUAUAUAUAUAUAACAGUUGGGUCAGUUAUAAAACAUGCACAAUUUUAUAAUUAUGUGAUGAGCAAAAUUGUUGGAUUCGUCCCUUAGCUUAUGUGGCUGGUUCUAUGGCAAGUAUCAACAUCUGUAUCUAACAUAAACUUUCAAGUUUAACUUCGAUUAUUUAGCUUAGAGUGAUAUACAGGCUAGUCAAACGUGGAAUGGUCUAGGUCUACAUAUGCAUAUUCAUUCAGUGGUUCACUACCUCUUCUGAGCAAUAUAAUAGGAGUUUGCUUAAAACCUGAGUCUGCAGGUGUGGUUUAUAUUACAUUCAUAACAAGAGUAUAAACAGACGCUUUUAUGAAGUGCUAGCUUAGUUACGUAGGUACUAGCUAGAGAGACAAUACGUAUUAGGCAUUUGUAAGGCAUUAGCUAAUAGCAAGAUUUUGAUUAGAGUUAGAGUAGCUUCCGAUUAAUGAGACAUUAGCAAUAGGAGAAGACCACUGAUGUCCCAGUAUUGAAGCCCCACAGUCCCCCGAGCACAGUACUUUUGUGUUGGCUGGUAUGUGCAUGCUUGUUAGUCCCGCCAAUUAACAGGUUUCACUUUCGCCGCUGGCUCCAUUGUGGGAAGCGACCGCAGCCCGCCAGCAGGCCUCCCGCAACUGGGGGCGUCCGGUGAGUGCCAUUUCGCUUCUACUAGGCUUCGCGUGAGUCUGCAGUCUGUGUCCGCUUCUCUGUCGCUUCUAGUGGUCCGUAACGGUCUGUGUAUUCGUUGGGCUGCGGUAUGAGAGGCAACCUCGCAGGCGGUCGCGAGGACCAGUCCUGAUCUCCGGGUGCCGAGGCUUGAGUGUCUAUGUGCUCCAUCAGGCGCUGGUGUAGUGAGGAAGCCUGGGGAUAGGUGCAUCUGGCGGUACCUCGCAUUGAUGGUCGGUCUGUGCCCAGGGCUGACCACGAGGCAGCCAUUUUGUGGUAUAACUCUGGGUUCCGAGAGCAUGGGAGGCGCAGUGGGAUCAGUGAGCGGUGGUGUCGGAUCCCUCCAGUGGGGACCGGGAUAACCCCCGCCGGUCCAUAGGGGGGGGAACGGGACCCGUGAGGAGUGUUUCAGUGCUGCUGCGUGGUUGCUAGAGUUGGAGACAGGACGGCGGCCGUCCAUCCCGCUCCCCUCCCGCGUAGGCCGCAGGCCCCAAAGUUUCUUGCAGCCUUCAGGGGCCUCAAAACUCUCGAUCUUGGGGUCAGCAGUAGCGCCCACAGCUGCCUGUUCACUGUGCUGCAUUUCUGGCUGCGAUGUGCCAUGUUUUGCGUUCUAAAGGGCCAGAUUGUGCAGGAGCCUCUCCCGCAUGCGACCGGUCAGCAUGGCGGCCAGGCCCCGCCCCCCUUUCCUUUUGUGUUUUAUAAGUCUAAAGGUUCAAAUUAAUUUAACAUGGUACACUUUUAAAUUUUGGAUGAACUCCUUUAGUGGUGUCCCUCUUACGGCGUACACUUUUUGUGAAAUUACAGAUUCAAGAUUGGCUUAAACUCAGAAUACGGUUUCCCAGUAAGUACCAGACUCUUUUAUAGACUAGUUUAGGUCAAUAUUCUGCCGAAAACUGCAUUUUAGUAGCUUAUAUGUUGAGAUUGUCAAAGAGCAAACACUAGUUGCAACUUUUCAGCAUGGUGGUCAAACCCAGACACCCAAUUGCGUAUUUCUAUAAUUCUUCUGGAUUUUAAUAAUUUGGCUGCAUAUGGAUAAACUAGAUAAUAUGACAAAAUGCCAAAGUAUUGCAAUAUGCAAUAAUACCUUUUUUAUUGGAUGAACGUAAUACUUAAAAGACAAGCUUUCAAGAAUAGUCAGAACAAGUAAAUAAACAGAGGAGAGAUCCAUGAAAAACAGCAGAGAAAGGCAUAGAAAUAUACAGCUGUAUGUAUAAUAUAUAUAUAUAUAUAUAUAUAUAUAUAUAUAUAUAAUAUGUGUGUGUAUAUAAGUUGCUAAAAUAUAAGUAACAGGGAGUAUUGAAAAAUAAAUAGAUAUCACUUUAAGAUGUUUUAGUAGUGUCAAAAAGCCAGAAUCUAUAUUAAGUUCUUCAUUUAUGUUGCAGAAUGUGUCAUAAUUUUUAUCUUAAAUAUCGUCCGUUCGUGAGUGGGUCUUUAACGCUCCCUUUAAGUACUUGAGAUUUUGGACGAAGUGAUCAUAUGAUAUCACUAUAAUCUCACCUCUUUUCUCUCUGUAGGAGUGUGUGUUUACUGCUUCAGGUUUCUCUACCUUGCGUUCUCUUUGCGGAAUCUCCAUCUGAAUUAAUCUUCAAAGGUGGCACUAAUGCAGAGAUGGCGCCACAGAUUGAUUACACCACAAUGGUAACCAUAUCCUGGAAACCUAAUAGAUAAAGGGCAUUAAUUAGAUGUAUACAGAAUUGCAAAUGGCUUGUAUAAAUUGUGUCCCUAUUUAUUUCAUGCACUGUGCUAUGCGUUUGAGUUUAAAUCGUAAUUAAUCUAUUUCAUUCAAAUUGUAACUUGGUAUGUGUUAAAAGUAAUAAUUAAUGUUUCAUCAUACUCUCAAAAGUGUAUAUAAAAUAUACCAUCUGCCAUGAUUUGGAAUGGAGCCGUGCAUUUAAAAAAAAUCUAAUUUAUUUUUUUUUUUGUCAUUUUUAUUUUAAAUAAGUCAAUCUAUAGUCCAUUUUAAUUAUCCACAAAAGUUUGUGAAAGUUAAAAACCGCCCACAUGGGCCUCUAAGAAAUUCUCAUGGUUGUUCUUGUUUUAAUUACAAAAAUAAAUGUUUGGAUAGAACAUUUUUACACUGUCAUCUUUUGUAACCAGUAAAGUGAAUAGUAUACAAUGGUGGACAAUUAAACAUAUUCUAUUUUGCCCUAUGCAUGCAUACUUCCAGAAAAUAUGUCAAUACUUAUUUUCUUUUUUUGUCCCUGUGCUACAGGUGUUCAAGCCAAUAGCAGAAAAGUUUUCUUUCAAAUUAGAUUGUGACAUCAGAAGAAGGUAAUGUACACCAGACCUGCAUUUUUAAAAUAUUGUUAAUAUAUUAAGCAUUACAGAAAUUCAGAAUUUCUAAAGCAUUGUUUGCAAACCUGGACAAAAACAUUCUAAUUUAAUCCUUGAUAGCUUGUCAAUUAGCCCUAUUAAACCAUAGCGUCUAUUCUACAUGCUCCCAUUUUAAGGUGACUGCCAUAACUGUGCGGUGUGAAGGUAAUUAUGCUGACUUGCUAAGUUAGCAUUUGAAAUGUAUACACAAAAUAAACUUUAUAGUGCGUCUAAGCCUUUCACUGACACCCAGGGCCAGAUUAAGAGCCCAGUGGGCCUGGUGCUGACAAUUAUGAUGGGCAUAAUUACAUAAUCUUAUCGACCAAAAACACUCCCAAGUGUCAUGUAUCUGAUGGAGAUGGUGCUGGAGAGAAAGAAAACAGCAGCUAUAAGAAAACACAUAUCCUAUGCUAAUUUAUCUCUAAUUUAUAGUAAAAACCAAAGGAAAAAAGUUACCUGCGCUCUCUCCUUAAUCCCUAUGUAUCUUUAAACAAAUGGAGGACAUUUAAUUACUCCAAUGCCUAUUGGAGUAACUAAAUGACCUCCAUUUGUUUAAAGAUACAUAGGGAUUAAGUAGAGAGCGCAGGUAACUUUUUCCCUUUGGUUUUUACUAUAUGUAUUCGCUGAUGUGUACUAUAGUCAUUGCUGCUGCCCAGGAGUGAUGGGAGUGAGCGCAGGACUUUUUCUUUUUGUUUUUGUAUUCUCUCUAAUUUAUGUUUUCAUCUUUCAAGUAAAUCCAUAACCCCUAACAGCAGUGUCCAGUCAAGCAGGAAGUCAAUGGGCGGGGAAAAGGGUGCACCACUGGCACAAAUCACGUAACCUGCCAAGAGGGGCGAACAUGCCCAAAAAGAGUACAUGUCUGCCCAGAGAAUUGGAAGGCCAGCCUGGCAUGAAUGCAUGUCCGGCUGCCUGUCAAUCAUGCAGCUGGCCAACUAAGGCAUACUAUGCAGACAGCACCCUGAGCUUGGCAUAAAUGCGUCUAAUGAUGCGCUCGCUCAACGCUUUCUUAUGACUGUCCCCUAGCACUCGCUGGUCCACUUGUCUCCUUACCUUCUUACUAGCAGGCAGAAGGGACAGAGAAAAGCUGUAUGUAGUGAGUGUAGAAGAAAGGGAACAUGCCAAAGUGCUUGAGAGACCAAAGUCAGCAUUACCUUAACAAUAUUCAUUGUCAGCCAGUCCACACAAGUUUUGUUCCCAUACAUCCCUCUUAUGUUUCCAUAUUUAAGCAAGAGUAUGUGAAAAGUAGUUGCCACUUUUUUUGGAAAAACAUACCGGCCUUACUAAUUUGUAUAAUUAUGUAUGAGUGACAUCACAUGAUGUAAAUCACAAGGAGUGACAUAAGAGAAAAUGCUGUACAAUCACCAAAAAAACUACUUGGUUUGAUUCUCCCCAUAUCUCCCAGUGCCUUCAUGACUCAGUGCCCCCAUGUGUUGAUUAAUCCAGGUCUCCGUGUUCCUAUGUAUCAGUGUCUCAGUGUCCCAUGUCUCCCAGUGUCCCCUAGUCUUCCAGUGUCCCUAUGUAUCACAGUGUCUCAAUGCCCAAUGUCUCCCUGUAUCCUCCAGUAUUCCCAUACCAAAAUACCAGCAUUUGUAUCGCCAGUUGGAAUCCCUAAGAGAGAGGUGUGUGUGUGUUUAAAUCAAUGGGCCUAUUCCAGGGCCUGGGCCUAGAGCUGCAGCUCCAUCAGCCCAUAUGUUAAUCCGGCCCUGCUGACACCUACUGGCCACUACCUAUUCAUAAACCGUGGUAUUUUAAUUUUCCAUAUUACUGCAGCCAUUAACUAUCUGCUCAUAAUUCUAAAAGGUGCGUGCUCAAUUUCUCUUUAAUUUCUUUAUUUCUUAUACAUUCUUCCCUCUGUUUCACCCAGCCAUCCAGCUUCUAAUUGCAUAUCUUUUGUACAACCCUCCAAUACUACUGUCUAAAUUUUCAUUGGCAUCAUCCAUUAUGUUGACAUUCACAAUUGCAUUAUUUCCUUGACAGGUGUAUAGUCGCCAUUUUGGGCAGUCGGAAUCCAGGACAAUAACCCCAUAACCUAACCCAAUAACGCACGGACACUAAGGGAUAUGGGGAAAUUUGUCCACAGCUUUAUUAAGCAAACAAUAAUAAUAACAAUAAUAAUAAUAAUAAUAAUAACUUAACAAGUAAAACAUGGGUCAUUGCCCCCCAUACUCCGCCCUCGCAUCCUAUUCCUUCCAUUAACAUAUAAAGGGCAAUGACCCCCAUAUAAAUAAACAUAUAUAUAUAACAUACAUCAACAUUAUUCCAAUCGAUGUAAAGUGCCAACCAUCCAUUAGCCACGGCAGGGGUAUACCCGGAUACCCCUACCCCACCAGGUUCUGAGCCACCGACAGGACUCGAAACCUAUCAACCACCGAUGACCACCACUUGUUUGUUUUCCAUUACGUUCAUCCUGGGGAGCCUAUUUCCUUUCCUUCAGCUCCCCAUCCCGCCGCUGUGAAAAAACGGGACAAAACCACACAUAACAAAACAGGGAGGGUGGGAGGGACAAACUUAACCAGGUAGGAAAUUAGAAUGACUUACCUAAAAUGGCUGCCCAUUUAAAUAACCAAACCUACUUACCCAUAACUCCACUCCCUUGCUUACUUCCUCCUAAGCCCGCCUCCUAACCCCUGUCAAGGCCUUUUUCCGCUUAGCUGCGCCUGGCUACAUGGGGCUACAUGACAGGUGUAUAGUCGCCAUUUUGGGCAGUCGGAAUCCAGGACAACAACCCCAUAACCUAACCCAAUAACGCACGGACACUAAGGGAUAUGGGGAAAUUUGUCCACAGCUUUAUUAAGCAAACAAUAAUAAUAACAGUAUAAUAAUAAUAAUAACUUAACAAGUAAAACAUGGGUCAUUGCCCCCCAUACUCCGCCCUCGCAUCCUAUUCCUUCCAUUAACAUAUAAAGGGCAAUGACCCCCAUAUAAAUAAACAUAUAUAUAUAUAACAUACAUCAACAUUAUUCCAAUCGAUGUAAAGUGCCAACCAUCCAUUAGCCACGGCAGGGGUAUACCCGGAUACCCCUACCCCACCAGGUUCUGAGCCACCGACAGGACUCGAAACCUAUCAACCACCGAUGACCACCACUUGUUUGUUUUCCAUUACGUUCAUCCUGGGGAGCCUAUUUCCUUUCCUUCAGCUCCCCAUCCCGCCAUAAGCUCAGACCUUGACCCCUUAAGCCGUCUGAGCUCCGCCACCCCGAAGAAACAGCGCCCGCUGCAUACCAACCUGCCAACCCAAGUUUAGCAGAUCCCAACCCACCUCCGAAAGAUGAACCCCGUCCGAGCGGUAGUACCCCGGCAACCCCUCUUCCAACUCGAUGUGCCGUACCACCACACCCCCCACCUUCCUAACAAAGCUUGCCAUCAAGCUGUUCACUUUUUUCCUGCAUUGAUUGAUAGCCACCGGAUCCCGCGCAUGCCGCCACCGACGCCUUGGGACAAUCUCCGACCACACUAACAUAACCCCCGGAAGCAGGUCCCUCAGUUUGUUGAUGUCCUGCUUCAUCCAUUUUACCAACCGUUGUUGCGGCGUAAGGCCCAAGUCGUUACCCCCGGCAUGAAGGACCACAAUGUCCGGCGUUUUCCCGCCCGCAACCAUCCUAAACAUUGCCCCACAAACCUCCCCCCAGCAAAAUCCCCGGUACCCAAACCAUCGGACUGCCAACUGGUCCUUCGAAAAGCCCAGCUGCUGGCCCUGCGUUCGAGCUGCGGCCCUCCUCUCGGCCCAGAAGACAAAAGAAUGUCCCACAAUCCAAGCAACCCGUCCUGGGGAGAAGAAGAAAACAAGCGUGAGGGAAAGGCAAAGGGAAACUCCCCCGUCCAUGCCCGCCCCCGUACCUUAUACAUAUACAUAUAUAUAUAUAUAUAAACAUAUACAUACACAUACAUGUACACUUUUUUUUUUUUUUUAUUCCAAUAAGCCCAACCGUACAUAUGAGCGGAACCGCACCGACUCCCAUCUCCCUAUGCGCUUCACGACCUCAUCUCCUAGUCCCAACCGUGCGGCCUCCGUGGCUGCCCCAAUGCGAAAGGAGUGAGUACCAAAACGUCCGGCCGGAAGCCCCAACUUACCUAGUUCCGACCGAAAAACCUUCGUAAACUGAAAUCGGGACAAGGAAGAACCAUCCGCAUGCACCAAGAAAGAACCCCCUACCGCCGGCCUCCGGGCCAUGUACUCCGCCACUGCAGCCACCGGGCACAAUACUGCGCCCGGCAGGGCCCAUAGUGUUACGUCCCGACCCACGCCGCGGACGUCUGUUUUUGAUUUACCCAGAUGCACAACCACCUUACCCUCCAAAACACGAACCCCCGAGGCCUGUAAACCCCCGGGCACGACCCUAUUGGCACUCACCAGCUCCCCCACGCGGAAUGCCCCGAAGAAUGCCAGGAGAAAGGCCGCUCUGAACAAAGAGACCUCGAACCCGUUGAAACAAAUUUCCGGCAACAGACCCACCAGAUCCCCCAACACCCGCACAGACACCGGGCGCCGAGAGUCACAUGACCUGCGGCCCCUUCGAUAACCCUUUAACGCCUGCCGAACUAGGAAGGUCUUGGUCAGAUCCUCCUUCCCGCGCCACCGGAACCAGAAUGCCAUUGCCGCCAUGGACUUGUCGACCACUGCAGGGGAUGCCCCCUUUGCCAGCAAUUGACAGGUGUACCACAGAAAAGCGUCCCGCAGCGCAUCCCCUUGUAAGACAUGAUCCAACCCGUCUAAUGACCGUUCCCAAGAGUCCCAGACCUUACUGUAAGAAGCCCAUGUGGCCGGUGCCAGCGAAGCCUUCACAAGUCCCCCAAGCAGGAUGCUCCCAGCUGCCAUAUCUCGUCCGGGCAAGCCUGCCCCUCCUUCAAUGCCCCUGGCGCCAUUGUCCAAAAUCGGGACCACUGAAAACGAGACAGAGCGUCAGCCACUUCGUUCAGGUACCCAGGGACAUGAUGCGCGCGAAAAACAACAUUCCGUGACAUACACAUUAACACAAAGCGCCGCAGCAACCUAACCACCGGCUUAGAAGCAGCCGAUUGAUUAUUCACCUCGUGCACCACCGCCAUGUUAUCCGAGAAAAAGACCACUUUCUGGUCCCGGAGCCCCUCGCCCCACAGUGCCAUUGCAACAACCAACGGGAAUAAUUCCAGAAAAGCCAGGUUGCGCAUGACCGGGCUGGACCCCCAUGUCUAUGGCCACCGCUCCGCGCACCAUCUCCCGCCGAAGUAGGCUCCGAAGCCCACACUACCCGACGCAUCCGUGAAGAGCUCCAGCUCCGCCACCGACUUACCUGCCUGCCGGAAAAACACCGUCCCGUUGAAAUCCUGCAGGAAGGCAUCCCAAACGCCCAAAUCAGCCCUCAUGGCUGCCGACACCCGUAUGAAGUGGUGUGGGGAUCGAACCCCUGCCGUAGCAGCCGCCAGGCUGCGGCUGAAAACCCUCCCCAUAGGAAUUACACGGCAUGCAAAGUUCAGCAUCCCGAUCAACGACUGCAGUUGCCGCAGCGUAACCUUGCGCGCAACGGCCACCGCAGCCACUGCAUCUCUGAGCCCCUCCAGCUUGUCCCGAGGCAGCCGGCAUUCACCCAAGACCGAAUCUAUUUCCAACCCCAGGAAACUAAGGCCCUCAGCCAGUCAGCCCCCUGGUGCCUCGCCGCCGACCGGAUCCCCUCCAGCAGUCGCUCCACUUCGUCCAUCGGCCCUGCAGGGAGACAAAAGAAGAGAAAACCCUACCAAGCCAAAUCUGUGCCCACAGGAGCGAACACAAACUUAACCAGGUAGGAAAUUAGAAUGACUUACCUAAAAUGGCUGCACAUUUAAAUAACCAAACCUACUUACCCAUAACUCCACUCCCUUGCUUACUUCCUCCUAAGCCCGCCUCCUAACCCCUGUCAAGGCCUUUUUCCGCUUAGCUGCACCUGGCUACAUGGGGCUACAUUAUGAUUUGAAAUAUAUACAUUGUAGAAUAUUGGAGAUAUUCACGCAGAGGUUAUACCAUUUACGAUAUUUAAUAUUUCUACAAUUCUCAUCUCUAUUCUGUGACAAAUAUAAUGAACUUUUCUCCAGCACUUGAUGAACUUAAUGCAUUUCAAGGAAUCUACACCUACGUGUCCCUGAUUAUGUCGCCUGAACACGGUCUACCAGUUGAAAACAUUGUACAUAUUGUCAAGCCAUUGCUGAUGUAUGACUGUAAAUAUACAUCCUUCAAGGAGAUAAAGUAAUUUAGUUACAUUGUGUAUAACCUGCCUAAAGGGAAUGUAUGGGUAAAUAUAUAGUAAUAAGUUACUCACUAUUAAAGGAACACUAUAGUCACCUAAAUUACUUAAGCUAAAUUAAGCAGUUUUAGUGUAUAGAUCAUUCCCCUGCAGUUUCACUGCUCAAUUCACUGUCAUUUAGGAGUUAAAUCCCUUUGUUUAUGAACCCUAGUCACACCUCCCUGCAUGUGACUUGCACAGCCUUCCAUAAACACUUACUGUAAAGAGAGCCCUAUUUAGGGGCAUGUUCUAUACACCAAAACUGCUUCAUUAAGCUAAAGUUGUUCAGGUGACUAUAGUGUCCCUUUAAAGUUUUCCUUGAUACUCUGUUUGAUGGGUCUGCCAGCUGCUGCAGAGAGAUCCCUCUCUCAUCAGAAAGGGGCACUCAUGGUGAUGCAUACAUGAAGCAUCUCAUGGCAUUGUCUAAAUGUAAACAUAAAUGACUUGCAACAUACAAUAUAUUAUGUAUUUUAACAUACGGUAUGUUAAUAUUAAUUUGAAGGUGCUCUGUAAUUCUUGUCAGACUUCUCCAUGUCUGUCUGUUUUUUGUUUGUUUUUUGCAGAGGUUACUAUCCACGUGGUGGUGGGGAAAUUCUUGUCAGAGUUGCGCCUGUCAAGUAUUUAAACCCGAUUAACCUGACAGAUCGUGGCACAAUCACCAAAAUCUAUGGACGAGCAUUUGUGGCUGGAGUUCUUCCCUAUAAGGUGAAUUUAACAAGAUGGCUACAGGGGUUUUCAUUAUAAGCAAGGACAUUUACACUAAUCCACAACUCAUCUAACAGUGAACUGGCUUUCAUGGCUAAUCCUGAAUCUUCAGGUCAAUUAAAGGAACACUGUAUACAGGUACUCUAACCAUAGUGUCUAGAGAUCUUUAGCACUCCAUAUAGUGCCAAACCAUUUAGUACUAAAUAAGGUUCCCCAACCACCCACAGCACAACAUCUGCUGUAGAUAUAGCUACAUUGUAUCACAAUGAAUUCCACAAUUAAGUGUGAGGAGGAGGGAGGCAGAUGAGAUUUCCUCACAGCAUUCUGAGUGCUAUGACAGGCUAAUUUUAGUGCUUAGCAGAAUUAUUUCAACAUGGGUCAUUAAGGGAUUAAAUGCAGGUAUGGCUAAGAUAUAAAUAAGACACUUCCUUCUAGCCAUACCAAUUCAUACCAGCAAUAGGCACUCUGAUAGGGGGAAUACAGUCAGCUGAGACUUUCAUUUAAACACAGGUGCCCAUUACUGCUCAGGCUAAUGCUUCUUUAUUAGUCCAAGCAACACAGAGCUGUUGAGGAUUCAUGUUUUGGCAUUAAAAGCCGUUUAACACUGAAUGGAACGGCAGUGACAUGGAACUCCAGACACUAUAACCACUUCAAUACAGUUUCCUUUUAAUGAGCCACAAAAAUAUUUUAUUUGGCUGCCUGACGCAUUUCCAAAAUAUGUGACUACCAGAAAUCUGGUAAACGAAGUUUCUCUGUUCUUGUCUUGUUGAAAUAGGAUAGAUAACAUAACAAAAUAAUCAAUUCUUGCGCCAACCCUGGUGGGGUAUUCUGGCUAACGAUCGUUACAUUCCAUACAAAUCUGAGCUGCCGGAGAAUGCUUUGGGUUUUUGUUACAGGAACAGGGUGGACUGGUCUCCCAAUUGGGAUCCAGACCUGUCCGUCUACUUCGUCCGUUACCUCUCCAGGGGUGCUUUAUUUGUCUAGAUUUUGUGAUAUGUGACAAUUGAUAAAAGUGCCAAUUUUAAUAGAAAUCAGAACUUUUAUAUUUUGGGUCAGAAACCCCACAGAGCUAACCGAAGCAGCAUCUGAGCUAAGCUAGAAUACUGCUGCCUUCCCCCCGUCCUAAUGACCUGUACUACAAUUAAAUGAAAAGUAUAGGCAAGUUGCAAUCACUUGCAUAUGCACGUUCUUUGGCUGCUCCAGCACAGAGGCAUCUCAAUGAAAAGCCUCUGAUCGGUGUAUUCCCUGACUAAAAGUCUGUGUCUGGGAAAGAGCAGAGGGCUUGCAAAGACUCCAGACUCUUGGUCUGCAGAUUUUGCAAACCGUUUUUUCAUAUCCAAAGAAAUUGAACAAACAAAAAAAUUCAUGCAUGUUUUCUUUUGAGGGUUUAUCUACUAAAUUGUAAAAAAAAAAACCCAAAAAACUUUUCAAUUGAGUGUGAAUUUAAAAUCUAGUGUACGAAACUUUUUGUUUUUUUUCCUUAGGUUUCGAGCUUGAAAUCAGCUUUAUUGAACUGAAUGUGCAGCUUCUUAUCUGCAGUUAUAGUGCUGAUUCAGGUCAUAUAGCUUGUUUAACUAGGUGUAUGGGAACCAGGAAACUAGUUAAGAGCUAAGAGUACAUAUCAUGGUUAAAUACCAAGUACAACAUUUAUAAAGAUAUUACACGGUUCUGUCCUCUAUUCUAAUAGUAUGUCUUCUCCUUUAUAUUCAUCAGAUGGUGAAAGAUAUGACUUCAGCUGCAGUGCGAUGUAUACGCCGGGAGCUCCGGGAUCUUUAUGUGAAUAUUCAAGCUGUACAGGAAUCUGGUGACAAAGCUGUGGGAAAUGGCAGCGGUAUAAUGUGAGUUGUUGGGUCGAAAUUGUUGUGUAUCUGACAUUCUAAGAAUUCAUGCAUUAUUGACUGCCAGGUGUACUGACCAAAUGCAUGUUAUAGACCACUAUUUAAACUAGAGCGAUAAAAAAAGGCAAGGUAAAUGCUUCUCUUGUGGAACCAAAGUUUUGGAUAUCAGCAAGAUUUCUGCCCAGAAUUGUAUAAAACCAGACACACCGCUUCAAUAACUGCAUCCACACACAUAGGAAUGUGUGGUGGAUGGUAAUGAUGGCUAUUGUCCUAAUAGUAUCUAUAACUAUUGGAGACAUUUUGUUUCCCAUUGUGUAACACCUUACUCUUUUUAUUCAGCAUUGUUGCAGAGACCUCCACUGGCUGCUUAUUUGCUGGUUCUGCACUUGGCAAGAGAGGUAAUUGUUACUAUCGUGGUAUUCAUUCUUCUGGUCUUGCAGGUACUCUUAUCAUUGUUGGUCAUGUUAUUUCAGCCAUGAGACCAACAACUACCAAGUCUUAGAGCUGUAACUGUGUGAAUGCUGAAUGCUGGAAAACCAGGAUUGUCGUCCUUGUGCAAAAUGUCAAUGUGAACAGUUGUCUGUCAGAACGCUUUUUGUUACUUGAUAAGGGCAACAACAGAUAUGGAGGAUGUGGUCUAAAACCUAGGACAGGAAAAAGUUAAACAUUCAAAAAAUGUAUUCAUUUAAAAUAUUAUUUUCUGGUCUGAAACAUCAUUAUAUAGUGACUGAUCUUGUUAAUAAACAUGAGUUAAGAUGCAUAUCAUAUUUCUUUGUCAUUAAUGUGUUCGCUAUGCAUACUGAAUUGCAAAUGUACCCAAGAAAUGUGCCCCCCAUCUGUGCGUAGAUGAUGAAAUUAUAUUUAUUGAUAUUCCAGGGUGGUGGAAGAGCUGUGUUUGUGCUAUGCCUUGAACUGUCACACUCAUUCUCUUUCCUCAGGGGUUUCUGCAGAUCGAGUUGGGGCAGAAGCUGCUGAAAUAUUGCUCCGUAAUUUGCAUCAUGGUGGCUGUGUGGAUGAAUAUCUGCAGGACCAGGUAAAAACAAUACAGUUGUACAAUACAAUGAAAGAAACAUUGGGGUUGGAUUUCUUUUAUUGGUAACCAAUGGAGUUGGUUUAAAUACAUUAAAAUCAUGGCAAAGUUCCAAACCCCUAAAAAAUGUUUGUUUUAUUUUUAAAAAGGGGGGGUUUCCCUAUAAUAAAUAAAUAUUAUGUACAAAUACAAUGUAUAUCCACUUAGUAGUAAUUUUAGAAAAUAAAUCUCAGUAAGAUCUUAAGACCCAAAUCCUAAAGCAACAAAUUCCCAAAGUGAAAGGAUAUGUGUGUGUCUACCUUUGUAAAUAUGAACAUGGUAUGGUCCAUCUUUGUUCUGACUGUUCUUGUUGGGCAACAUUUCACACAAUCUUCCAGACACGUUUGGCAGAGGAUUAUGGGGCAUGCAGUUACACAUUAACUAGACCAAGGUUGGGCAUCUAGGAUUCUUGCAUUUCUGUUAGUCAGCUAUGAUAUUUUAUUCCUGCAGUUGAUAAUAUUUAUGGCUCUGGCAGACGGGGUCUCCUUGCUACGGACAGGCCCUCUGACACUGCAUACACAGACUGCUAUUCACUUCGCAGAGCAAAUGACUAAGGUAAUUGCAGCUUAUUUUUAUGUUUCUGAUCUUUGUGGCAAAGAGCUACAAAUAGAAGGAUUGCUGUACAAAUAACAUGGACAAAGAGAAAGUGCAAGAGUGUAAUUACAAUAUUGUAUAGAAGAUACAAGUAAGUCCAGUUUUGCAUUUCUAAAGUUCUCUGCUCUGUUUUAAUUUGGGUUGUGUGUUUUUGUUUUUGUUUAUGUCCUUCACCUUUUGCAUAUAAAAAAGAGGUUGUUGAUCUUUUUUUUAUUUUUUUUAUUUUCUAGGCCAAGUUUUCCAUAAAGAAGUGUGAAGAUUCUGACUCGGAGAGUUAUAUAAUUGAAUGUCAAGGAAUUGGUCUGCAGAACAAAAAUAUAUGAGACUGGUAGUAGAUUGGCCAGACACCGUGAAGAUAACAUGUGGAUGUUCUCCAAAGCAUAGCAUGACACACAAGGAACUGUGCAUGCUGAAGGAAGGCAGUAUAAAGGAAUCCUAAAAUUGUUAUACUGACUUGCAAUCUGAUUCUGUCUGAGAAGUAAUCAGGCACUGCACGAUUGAAAACAAAUUUUAAUUUAUCUUAGUCGGAAUACCUGGUGACAUUACUCUGUCACUUCUGCACCUCUAAAUAAAUUGGGUGUAAAUCAAUUGACAGUGAUUGUUUACUUUAUGUGCAUGGUGACUAGCUGUCACUCUUCCGUGUUUAUUGGACCUUUUUAUCCUUUUCUCCUACAUUAUGUCUAUGUGCUGUAUCCGAUCACUUUGCAUUGCCACAUAUUAAUUUUUAUUUUUAUUUUUUUACAGACAAAAUCAAGGUGUUAUGUGUUAUGUGUGCUGGGUGUGUGUGUGUGGUGGUUAAUGUUUGUGUGAGUGUAUGGGGUGGUUGUGUGUAUUGGGGGAGGAGGUUGAGUGUGCCUCCCAACACAUCGUUUCCAUUUUCUUCUGACAUGUGGAGCAAACAUCAAGUAUUUUCAGUAUAAUGGUUCUAUUCGUGGUGGGAAGGUAGGAGUACCCUUUGGUUCUGUAAAUAUUGGAUAUUAAUAGCAGACUUAUAUGGAGCUCUCUCUUUUCCCUGCCAUUUUUCUAGAAAAAACAAAUGUAUUAAGGCAUUUAUCGAAAAGUCUUAUUGUCACUAGAACUUCAUAGUCCCUCACUCUGAGUCAUCCAUUGGUGAAAUAAAUACUGGACAGAAUCAUUAAUGCCAUACCUGCAACUAACGGAUUAUCUUGUCUCCUUAUAUCUUAAGUAUAUUUUUAUAGAUAUUCAUAUCCUGCAUUUAAAAAGCCAGAAGAAAUAAUUAAUAUAGUUCCAGAAUGGCAUCGAAAGGAUGUAAUUUCCUAUGAAUACAUUUAAUUUAGAUCAUGGCUUGCCAUCUGCUCAAUGAAGUGGUCUGAGUGCCAGGUCCCUCUAGUUUUAACCUUACAGCUGAAACUGCUAUGUUUCACUGAGGGUUAAUCCAGCCUCUAGUGGCUGUCUCACUGACAGCCACCAGAGACGCUUCCGCAAUUCUCACUGUGAAAAUCACAGUGCGAAGACGCUGGACGUCCAUAGGAAAGCAUUGUGUAAUGCUUUCAUAUGGGCUGUUUGAAUGAAUGUUUGCGACUUUCUAAUCACCAGGUAUCAAACUUUCCACUAGUUAUUGGCGAUUAAUAAUUUGUCCUAGAGAGAAGAAAUUCGCCCCUGGUUAGUGUGUUAUGUACCCUCCAAGCUUGCAAUGGAGGGUAACUUAUAAGUCCUGUCUCGCAGCGUAGGACUUUAAAUUUGGAGACGCUUACAUUGUGAUAGACUUAUGACCUUUUAUGGGAGGCUUCUUUUCACAACAGUUGGAGAGCUGCCUUUUCACACUGUCUUGAUUAACAAAUUUAAAGGAACACUCCAUUAAAAUUACACUCCAUUACUAUUUAGUAAAUAUACCCCCAUAGAAAGCAUACAAGCAUUUUUUUUCUGCAUGUUCAGACACAUAAUGCACUUCCGCACGUGAACUUAUUUAUGUGCCUGGGGCUUUCCUUUAAAAAAAAAUCUUAUAGAACUAAAGAUAUGGAUAUAAAUGUAAACUUGUACAAGAGAAAGAGACCUAUUGAAACGGUUUGGAACAAGAGCAUGGGUUUAAGAACAUAUGUUAGUCCUGCACUCAAACGUCGAGCACUCGUGUAGAAACCACCCAAAAACAGCCACCUGUUCUGUAUCACGAAUCCCCAGUGGACACUAAAUAUAAAAUAACAAUAAUUGCUAUUGCAUUGUAAGCUCAAAUGCCAAGAUCAAGCCAAACCACAUAGACGAGUCAUAUGUGAACAAUUCCCUUUGCUGCUAUUCUCUGGGACAAAACAUAACCUAGAUAUUCUUAUAGGUUUGACCGCAAACCUUGUCAAGAUGUGGACCACCUCAGGAUGAGCAUCAUUGAGCACUCAGAAAAGUUAACAUUUACUAUGGACUGUGGUUUGAACCAAUUACUAAAAAAUAGUUUAUCUAUGGAUUGAUAUGGAUGUUACGUGAAGUGACUUUACACGCACAUUUUCACUUCCCUCCUUCACCAGUUGCAACUCUCCAUGAAAAAAAGCAUAAAUCUUUAAAACACUGUAGGCACUCAUUGAAGGGUUUCUGGUGUCUGGAGUUCCCUGGUGCCAUUCUUCAAUGUAGUGUUAAACUUUUUUUAAUGGUUUUAAACUAUAUAUGUCACCAGUAUCCCAUCCCCUCUGUGUCAGCCGACUGCUUUCAGUCUAUCACAGGGAUCAUUGUUGGUAUAGCUAGGAGGAAGUGUAAAAUAUUUUACUUAACUGUACCUCCAGUAGGGGCUGGGCUGCUGGUAGCCAUGGAGCCUUGCUUAGUGUUAAACCGCCAGAAGAUUUUAUUUAACACUAAAUGUAGGGAAAACACCAGAGGACUUGAGGAAUUGUAACCAACUCAAUGAGAUUAAAAGGCUAUAGUGUAUACAGUGUCCUUCAAUAAACCAUGUUAAAUGAUAAGUUCCCCAGCUAGAACCAUGAAGGUUCAAGGUGAGGCAAUUAAACUCCACAUAUAUAGUGAAAUUCUGUCAAAGCCUCAGAUGUGUCUGGGAGGAAACCGGGUGUAGUCAUAACAGUAGUAGUUACCUUUCAUGCAAUUAAUGAUAAGUAUCUUUGUGCUAACUGGAAGGACCACUCCAAGCAUCAUAACGUAUUGUGGUUAUUAUAGUCAUAGGACAUUUAAUGUGGUUGUUUGCUGUUAAUCAAACAGUUUUCGGUUUGACAAAAAAUUUGAAGACUCAUUGAUAUUAUAAGCCCAAUUCCUCGGCUUGAGAGGACAAAAAGAGGAAGUUUCACUCAACUGCUACCUGUUCAAGUGUUUAUACGGCCUGUUCAUCCAGCGAGACCUUGCACAGUUCAGUGAGAGUGUUUAAUAGUGGGGCAAAUAAGGUUGCUUUUUUUUUUAGAGCCGAUACCGAUAAUCUGUGAACUUUCAGGCCAAUAAUUUACCGAUAUUCUGUAAAUUUACCAUUUUGAAAAAAUAAACUAUUUCUA